AUGUGUUUACAGAACUUGGAGUCUCAAGAUAAAAUCAAUGAAGAUAAUGUUGAGACAAGAAACACUGAAGGCGAGAAGGCUGUUGAAAAUACUUCAGGAGUUGGAACCUCAAGCAAUGACUCGGGCCAGUCAUUCAAAGGGAAAAAUCCUCGGAAAAGGACGAUGCUACGAGACUAUGAUAACUUACUGACAAAGGCUCAAAAUGUAGCCAACAGUGUCAACAGCUUUGUUGUAUCAGAGAAUGAAUUCGACUUAUUUGGAAGAAUGGUUGCAGUUCAAUUGAAAAUUUUACCAAUGGAGUCAGCAAUUGAAGCACAACAGUAUAUUCAAAAUCAUCUUUUUGGUUUGCGCUUGAAAUAUCCGCCGUCAGUCUCAAACAUCCAAUUUCAUUUAUGA